AUGGAUGAUGUAUGCAAGAAUUCAGGCCAGAACCUUAAAGGAGAACUUAAGACUCAAGAAAAUGCAGCAGUUUUAGAGAGUGCACAGAUUCCAGUAGAUGAGGGGGAGAAAGAGUCCCCAGAUCUUUCUCCUUCUUUAAUCCAGGGCUUCUCAGAGAUGGUGCUUGCUGCUGGGACACCCAGUGUUUCCCAGAGUUCUCAGGGCACUCAUUCCACUGUCACUAGUGUUGAUUCACUGAGCACAUCAGAUGAGAGCUCCAGCAAGGAAAAAGAGAAUCCUAGCACCUCUCAGUCUCCACCACAAUCUGCAUCAUUCUUACUCGGUGAUGUGCUUGACAAGAAGAUGGUUGAAUUGGUGCAGUUUCUUAGCGUCAAAUAUGUAUCAAAGGAGCCUGUCACUAAAGCAGAAAUGCUAAAGAAUGUCCUCAAAGAGUACCAUACCUACUUCCCUGUGAUCUUUGAAAAAGUCUGUGAGUGCAUGGAGGUUGUUUUUGGCCUUGAAGUGAAGGAAGUGGAUCCCACCAAGCACGUAUAUGAGCUCAUCAGAAUACUAGACCUAACCUAUGAUGGAAUGUUGAGUGGUGAUCAGUGCAUGCCCAAGACUGGCCUCUUGAUUCUAAUCCUGGGUGUGAUCUUUAUGGAGGGUAACCGUGCCUCUGAGAAGAAGAUCUGGGAAGUGCUAGAUAUGAUAGGAGUCCAUCCUGGGGAGAAAGAUUUCAUCUAUGGGGAGCCCAGGAAGCUCAUCACCCAAGAUUUAGUGAAGGAAAAGUACCUGGAUUACCAGCAAGUUCCCAACAGUGAUCCUCCAUGCUAUGAAUUCCUGUGGGGACCCAGGGCCUAUGCCGAAACCAGCAAGAUGAAAGUUCUGAAGUUUUUUUCCAGAAUCAGUAUGACUGACCCCACUUCCUUCCCUUCCCGGUAUGAGGAAGCUUUGCAAGAUGAGAUCAAGAGAUCUAAGACCGGAAUUGAUGCCCCAGAUGAUAUUACUACCAAAACCAGCUAA